UUCGACAUUCUACCAAGAAUGGAUAGUGGAUAGUAACGGAAAGUAUAGUGUCAUGUUUGCGUGCCAAGAAAUUAUUAGUUCUGUAGUUAAUCAGGGUGCCACAGAACUACACGCUGACGCUACUUUCAAAGUAGUUCCAUCAAUUCCCCAUUGCAGACAACUCUUUAUGUUACAUUUGAUCCUGCAAAAUCAUUCUAUACCUGUAUGCUUUGUUUUAAUGGAAGUUAAGACUGAAGCUUCAUACAGGAAAGUGUUGGAAAGAUUCCAUUCAAAAUUUCCUGAAGUCAGACCAUUGUCUAUUAUGAUUGACUUUGAGACUGCACUACGCAACGUAUUCUCCGACAUAUAUCCAGAAGCAAUGGUAUAUUCUUGCUGGUUCCAUUUUGUACAGAGUUUGCAGAAAAAUAUUAAAAAAAUGGGCUACUCAAAUUAUGUACAGCAAGAGAGAGAACCAAAAAUGUGUCUAAGAAUGUGCGCAGUGUUAGCACUAUUGCCUCAUCAUCAAAUUGAGGAGGGAUUUCAAGAGAUUAAAAUCCAUGCCCAAAAUAAUAAUGUUUUGAUGCCAAGAUUUUUUACAUAUUUUAAUAGUUUUUGGCUCACUCGAAAAGGUCCAGAGUGCUUUUCAGUAUUCAAUCAACCACGGCGCACCAAUAACAAUAUUGAAAGUUUCCAUUCCAGUCUUAAACAGACUUUUCAGGUGACACACCCAAAUUUGUGGAGAAUGUUGGAACACUUGAAAAACUUAUCAAUGAAGCAACAUAUUGUGGUGAAUCAAUUGGCAGCAGGAAUGGCUACAACACGCAACACAAAAAUUAAAUUCAUAUUAAAUAGUCUACGUAUUAAACAUGCAACAGUUCUACUUACCACAGGAGCAAUUACAAUUAAAGAGUUCUUGAUACAGUGCUCACACUGUGUGGAUGGUUACUUAACAAGAGAGUUGAAUUGGCAAGAUGAAAGUGAAGAUUCUGAAGAAGAGGCUGAUAUUAAUGUGAUUAAUGCACCUGUAGUUGAGGUCGUUGAAGAUCUUCAAUUGAAUAAUAAUGUUGUUGAUAAUCCAGAAAUAAAUGAUCCUGAACAAGAAGUUCCAGCAGAGGUUGAAAAUCAAGCUGUCAAUAAUAUACUGAAUCCAGAAGAAGAAUAUAAUGAGGCAGAUUUCUUUGUACCUGAGGAUUUGGCCUUGGCAAUUUGGGAGGAGCAAUAUGGUAAUGAUGAAGAACAAGAAAUACCAUAUGCUCCUGUUCCUCAAAAUAUUGCAACCAUGUUUCCUCGUAGAAAUGAAGAGGAUCUAUGUGUUGUGUGUAGAGAUGGUGUGAGAACACAUGCACUUAUACCGUGUGGGCAUAGAGUUCUGUGUGUCGAUUGUGUGCCAAGGUUAGAACGAGAGAAUUGUCCUUUGUGUAAUUCUCACUUUACAGGUACUAUAAGAAUUUGGUAA